UUAAAUGUGAAGGGACGAGAUGCUCAGCGUUGAAUAGGAAGACGAUGCGAUCACAUCAACUUCCUUUCUGACGGCUGAACGGGGAGGUGGAGGGGAGAGGGCAUGUAAAAGGGUUUAUCCUUUUCAGUGUCUUUGAUGUACUUAGAGCGGCGCACAUUAGUAAACAGUGUCUCACAGUUCAGUCGUUUCAGUGACUGAGAGAGUCUGCUUUGUAAAGCUAGCAUUCAGAGCUCCUAGCAGUUGCUGUGCUAAUACGAGGGGAACGGACCCACUGAGUUGUUAUUGCCGUUUGAUUUGUUUUGCUGUCGUUUGGGGAACUGCUUGGCAGCCAGUUGGCACUUGGCAAUGCCAUGGUGGACUCCCACAGUGGGCAUUGUGUUCCUGGCCGUGCUGUACCUGGUGGCCAGGCUGUAUUUCGGAUGGAGUUUGACCAAGAGGUGUUUGCUGAAGGGAGCCCAGAGCCCGGGGGACAGUGAUGUGCCGAGGCUAGUCCACAAGCCCUCCGCCCUGGCCAAGUACCUGCUCAGGAGCUGCCUGAGCUUCAGCGCGGGGGCGCCGUGCCGCUGUCUCUGGAGCAAACUGCCUCACCUGCAGACCGUCUGGAAUGUGAUCUGGCCGCCGGGCACUGCCGUCCACUUCGUCCGGGAUUACCUGCAGUUGGCCGACGAGGGGCUGGUGGCACUGGACUGGGCAGUGCCCGCCACAUCGGGCAGGAGAAGAGCCUCCAGUAACUCGCCGGCGCCCAUCGUCCUCGUCAUCCCCAACUCCUUCGGCAAGAUCACCAGGAACGUGGUCGAGCUCUGUGCCUCAGCCUUGGAUUAUGGCUACCGCCCAGUAAUUUUUAAUAGAAGGUGUCAGAAUGGAAGUCUUUUAACUACACUGAAACUGCAACAGUUUGGUGAUCCAUCUGAUCUAAGGGAAGCAGUCAGAUACAUUCGAUACAAGCAUCCAAAUGCCAGACUUUUCACUGUAAGUGAGAGCACAGGAGCUGGGCUUUUGCUGUCUUAUCUUGGAGAGUGUGGAUCUUCCAGUUAUGUGACAUCUGCAGCCUGCAUCUCACCUGUCUUCAGGUAUCAGGAAUGGUUUGAAGUAGGACUGCCUUGGCUUUAUCAAUGGUUUCUACUCCUUUACCAAAAAACCUGGCUCAGCAGGUAUGCCACUGCACUGGGACAGAUCAUUGACAUGGAUAAGUUGUUUGCUACACGUACUCUGAAGGAGAUGGAAGAGGUAUUGUUCUGUCAAACAAAGAAGAGCAACCUAUCUUGGGACUUGUACUGGGAGAAGAAUGAUCCAUUGCGGGAUGUGGAUGAGGUUGCUGUGCCAGUACUGUGUAUUUGCAGCCAAGAUGAUCCAUGCAGAGGGAACCCAGAUUCGACCCUGCCAUUUGAGCUCUUUGAAACCAACCCCCAUUUUUUCUUAUUGUUAACUAAACAUGGUGGCCAUUGCGGCUUCUUGAAGAACAGAUACUCUACAUGGAGUCAUGAGGUAUUACUAGAGUAUUUUAAAUCUGUCAGUGAGUUCUUUAUGACUGAGGAAAGGACAAAAUGUUUUUCAAAAAGGAAAUGCACAGGGUCUGGAACCUCCAUGUCUUAUAAAUGUGGCAGAGGCAACAAUUUCAAUAGAGAUUCAUUUUGCUCUCACAAUAUCCAUGAUAUUUUCAAUUGGCAACGGUCCUACACCAGGUGAUUAAAAAUUAGAAUGCAUAUGAAAUGAUUGUUCUUAAUAACCUCAGAUAUCAAACUGAUGCAGCCCUGUUUGAUGUGGAUCAUCAUAUGAAACCUCAUUGGCCUAAACAAGGGUUCAACGUUUCAUUUUUUUCAUAGGGUUUAUGAUUGUUGAGGUUUGAAUAUCUCAUUAGUUUCCAGGCAGCUAGAAAAAACAUUUUUGACUAAAGAAAAUGGACUUACAUACUUAUAUUAAUGUUAAAGAGUCCCCAUGAUUUUAAAUUACAUAUUAAUUUUAAAAUGGGUUAAAAUGUCAUACAUUGGGAUCUGCCAAUGUAUUUCUGAGUCUUAUUUGUAAUACAAGAUUUCUUAUAAGGACUGGGUAAAGUUUGCUGUAAUAAAUGGAGCUGUGUUAACUGUUAUAACCAGGCUGGAUUAUUAGACUCUGUGAAAAUACUUUAGUUGACCUUUAGUCUUUUAUGCUUUUGACAAACCUCAAAUAACAGGCCAAAAUGCAGAGAUCAAGUUAUGCUUUGCCUCUGUGUUAUCUCCAACCUAUUUAUUAAAACAAAAGUAACAGUAAGGUUACUGAUUACUGUUUCAUAAUUCAAUGUGGUUGGGACAGAUGUACGUUUUCGGUGGUGCAUAUUUAAGAUGUAAAGUAUUUUAUUAAGUUUCAAGAUUGCAUUUGACAUCAAUUCAUAUAAGAGUUAAUAAUGGGAAAUUUAGUGUCAAAAUAUGAAUAAUUGCCAACAGGGCAACUUGAAAAAUUGUGUUUUAGAGAUGUAUUCAGUCAAAGUGAUGUAUGUCUUGUUUUAUAUGUCUUGUGGUUUUAUAUUUAUUGUAUCUAUUCCUGAACAUUAAUAUGCACCCAGACAUGAAACCUACCCAUUUCUCACCCCAACCCCCUAAACCGGAAGUCUCAUUUAUCUUCUAGCUUUCAGUUUUGAAAUAAAAUAUUCAAUAUAA